AUGCCUCGAACUUUUAAAUUGCCUCACUUCUAUCAUAGCCCUAUCAUCUCUGUAGUUAAACAAGCGCGCCGCAACACUGAUGCUCGAAAGAGCGAUCUUGCACCAACAUUAUUGGACUUCGGUGCCGUCCGAUUUAAAAUAGCGCGCCAUUUUGGUUUCUGCUAUGGUGUCGAAAACGCUAUUGAAAUCGCCUAUCAGGCACUCGCAGAAAACCCAGACAAGCGUAUUUUCUUGUUGUCUGAGAUUAUUCACAAUCCACACGUCAACGAAAACCUAAGACAGCGCGGUGUCAAAUUCCUAAUGGAUACCGCUGGCACACCACUCCUCCCUUUUGACAUUCUGAUGCCAGACGAUGUCGUUAUCGUACCUGCUUUCGGUACCACCCUUGAGGUGGAGCAAGCUCUCAAGGCGCGUGGUGUUACGCUUACUGCCUAUAAUACGACGUGUCCGUUCGUCGAAAAAGUUUGGCGACGGAGUGAGGAGAUUGGUAAGCAGGAUUACACCGUCGUUAUCCACGGGAAGCGUUACCAUGAAGAAACUCGGGCGACAUUUUCCCAUGCACAGGCGAGUGCUCCCGUUGUUGUUGUUCGUGAUCUUGGAGAAGCGCGGGAUUUGGCAAAGAUUAUCUCCGGUGAGGCAGACACAACAUUUUUCUUUAAAAAGUUCGCAGAUCGAUUCUCUCCUGGUUUCGAUCCUACUGUUCAUUUGAAGCGCAUUGGCAUUGUCAACCAGACAACGAUGCUCGCAACGGAAACGGAGGCAAUUGCUAAUUUAUUACAGGAUACUAUCAGAGCAACAUACGGCGAAGCCGAUGUGUCUUCACACUUUGCCGAUACGAGAGAUACCCUCUGUUAUGCGACUAAGGAAAAUCAGGAUGCAACACUUGCGCUCAUUGCCGACGGCGGCGAUAUAGCGGUUGUUGUUGGUGGCUAUAAUUCUUCUAAUACGAGCCAUCUCGUGGAACUCUGUCAACAACACCUUCCCACCUAUUUUAUUCGAGAUGCAGAUGAGCUCCUGAGUCCAAAACGCAUUCGCCAUCUCGAAUUAGAGACAAAACAGGUCCAGACGACAGAGGAUUGGCUUUUUCAGACAACCGAGACAAAACAGAAAACACCUACCGAUAUCGUUCUGACUGCUGGCGCGUCUUGUCCUGAUGUGCUUCUUGAUGAGGUGUUGCAAAAAAUUGUUAAGUGGUUUCCCGAGACUCGCUCAGUAGAUGAAGUGUUGGAACCCUUCCUAUAG